AUGAUCAUAAAUUGCCUAUCACGUAGUGUAGCCAAACGUAGUCCUAGAAUAUCGCAGCUUAUAACCGUGUCAGGUGAAAAAACUGGCUUCGUACAAGUUGGACCGGAAAAAUACUUUUUUCCUAACAAAUACAAAAAUGAGGCAAAGGAAUAUUAUAAUUUUGAAGCACGCUCCGAUGAUGUGUGGAUUGCAACGUUUCCACGUUCCGGUACCACUUGGACACAAGAAAUGAUUUGGUUAAUAGCAAAUAAUUUGGAUUUCGAUGCAGCUAAGAGUCAACUACUAACAGAAAGAUUUCCAUUCUUUGAAUUUCCAUUGUUCGUACAUCCGGAGAUAAAAAGCAAAUUAAUAGAAGAAAAUGCAAAUGAUGCAGAUAACUUGAAAUUCAUAGAAUUAAUAUCACGUCCAGGUUAUCAGUCUUUAAGUGAAAUUGAAAUCGGUAAAAGACGAUUUAUAAAGACACACUUUCCAUUCUCAUUAUUGCCACCCAGUGUGUUGGAGAAGAAAUGCAAGAUCAUUUAUGUAACACGCGAUCCUAAAGAUGUAGCAGUGUCUUAUUAUCAUCUUAACAGAUUAUAUCGUACACAAGGUUAUGUAGGAGAUUUCUCACGUUACUGGUCUUAUUUUGAAAGAGGACUAAAUCCUUGGUUACCAUACCACAGUCAUAUUAAAGAAGCACUUGCUCAUAGUCAUUUACCUAAUGUGUUGAUGUUGAAAUAUGAAGACAUGCUUAAGGAUUUGAGUGCCACCAUUACAAAACUUGCUAGUUUUCUUGAUUGCAACCUGACCACUGAAGGUUUAGAAAAUCUUAUCAAUCAUUUGAACAUAACGAAUUUCCGUAAAAAUUCUGCUGUGAAUGGUCAUGAAAUGGAAGCCAUCGGAAUUCUUAAUAAAGGAGAAGCGGGUUUUGUGCGUACUGGCGGUAGUGGUGUGCAAAAGGAGUAUACAGAUAAUCCAGAAAUUCUAAAAAAAGCAAAUAAUUGGUUGGAAAGGCAACAAAUAGAUUUAAUAUGA